CGGUCACCUUAGCUUCACUCAAUCAUGCCUCCCAAGGGUUUCAGUCGGAGAAAAGCUGCAACUGACGGCUCGUCAACGCCCAACGUUCCCAGUCUAGCGGUGCAACUGUCCUACUUGCAUAGCCCCAAACCGUUCAAGAAUCCCUACUACUCCAAGAAUGUCAACCGUCGGGCGAAGAAUUUUAAGACCGUGCUGAGUCAGGAGCGGGAGCGGGAGAGGGCAGAGCGGGAGAGGAGAAAGUUGGCACAGCCGGAUGUUCCCCUCGAGCCAGAUGAGAUGCCUACAUAUGCGUCAAUUGAGGCUCCACCGUCUUUACUGCCGAUGAAGCAUUACUGUGAUGUUACAGGUCUCGAGGCGCCCUAUACGGAUCCGGCUACGGGUCUGCGAUUUCAUGAUAAGAGUGUGUACCAAGUCAUCAAAGGAAUGAGUGUUAGCACAGCGAAAGAUUAUCUCUCAGCUCGUGGUGUUAAUUCUAUUGUCAAGUAAUCCAGGACGGUCGGUGCUGUUUGGCCUGACAUUUUUGUUUAUCCAUUUGUAUUCCAUUCGCCCUGGCAUUUUCAUGACCCGGUGAUCCAGCCUUGUAUACUGCCGACAUGAUCAGCCACACCUCGUUCCUGUGAAUAUAUCUUUUUAGAGAUAACUACACC